AUGCCCCCAGACACAACAAACCAAGAUACAACAGGCAUUUCCGAGGAAACUCCUCCCUGUAGUUCAAAUUCUGAUGCCUUCAUUUCAUCGAAGAAUCACCUAGGCUUGUCACCUACUCUUCAGGUGAAGGGUCUGGAAGAACACCAGAAGAUUGAAAGUUUCACAGCUGUUCUAUUUCAAGCCUGUUCAUAUGUCGAUAAAACUCAUGUUCCUUCAGCUUCGGUGCUCAUUGGACGAAGUUGCGCAUUUAUCCCUGGUCCUAGAUGGUGGAACCCGGGCCCUUUCGGUUUGAAAGAGGCAGGUUUCGCCGCUUUAAUGGGAACCACGGCAAGUGGUUCCUCGCCCACAGCCGAGGUGAUUUCAGCGUACGAACUGUACUUUGACCGGAUUUUAAGUUACGGUGUUUGGUUUGGGAUUGCAAUGAGCUCGCAGCUCCUUGGAUUUGCCUGGGCAGGAUUGCUACAGCCCAUCCUCAUUUAUCCCUCUCGCACUGUAUUUCCUGAAAUGCUUCCAAGCGUCUCUCUUUUAAACUCACUGUUUAAAGUGGGAUCUGAGUCCGACGACCAAGUCAAAUUCUUCAAGAAGGCUUUCCUCGCAGCUGCGAUUUACGAAAUCUUUCCAACAUACAUAACGCCGGCUGUCCAAGCCAUUAGCGUCUUCUGUUUGACUCUACCUAAAAAUCCACUUGUUACGAUCAUUUUUGGGGGAGCCCGGCCAUUUGAAGGCAUGGGAAUUUUGAGUUUAUCUGCGGACUGGUCCUUGUUUGGUGGCCGGGGACCGCUGUAUACGCCUCUCAACACGCAAAUCCACGAGAUAGUUGCUCUGGUGUUUUCCAUUUUCGUCUUUUUUCUGGUCUAUUCGAAAUCCUGGUUUGGUGCUGGUUUCAAUCAAAACUUUCCAUUCAUGUCUUCCAGUCUACUUACUGCCGACGGGAAACCAUAUCCGUAUCGACAGGCCAUUAAUUCAGACGGGACAGCCAACGAGGAGUUCAUACAAAGGACCGGACUUCCAUUUUUCACUGCCACCUUCUACGUAGUCCAGAUUUUAGCUGCAGUUUUUUUAACCAGUUCUAUUUCGUAUGCUUUACUGCACAACUACCACCUCAUUGGUUCAGUAUUCAAGAAAACCAAGACUCUGCAAGGAAUUGACCCGCAUCGAUUAGCGUGCAUGAAAUACAAGGACUUCCCGCGGUGGGGAUUCGCGGCAAUCCUGGUUGUUGCCAUUGCCUUGAGCCUAGGCAUGUCAUCGCUUGUGGAUUCUGGAAUUUCUUUCGGCGGCUUAUUUGUUGCUUUGGCAAUAUCUUUCUCGAUGACACUAGCAGUAGGGUUUAUAAGUGCGAUGGCCGGUUUCAGAACACGGUUCCCUGUCGGCAUUCAAAUGUUGGGCGGCCUCCUGUUCCCAGGGAACGUUUUUGGUAACAUGUGGUUUACACUCUACGGGGCAUCCAGCAAAAGCCUCUUCACAUCGGCGGUUAGCUGGGGAAUUUUAGUCGGACUGAUCCUUCCCAUCCCGUUUUUCGUUGCCGAGAAAAUUUGGCCGCGAUACAAACUCAGUUCCGUCAACAUACCUCUCUUUUGUGGAAUCGCACAGACCAUGUACACUUCGGCCUACGCAGGAGAACCAAUGCGUAUUAUCAUAGGGCUAAUUUCCCAGUUCUGGGCGCGCAAGUAUCGAGCCCGUUGGUUCACAAAGUACAACUACAUUUUAUCUGCCGCUCUUGAUGGUGGAACCGAGCUGGUUAUUUUCUUCUUGGCUAUGGUCUUCCAAGGUGGUGGCUCUCGAAAAAUCAAUUUUCCGACGUAUUUUCUCAAUCCUUCCUCAUCAACUGCCAGAGAUUAUUUCUUCAUGAGUCGCGGGGGUGAUUAG